AUGGGGUUGCUGCCACGACCUCGAGUCACCAGAACCGGCCAGAACAGACCCGCCUUCAACCUUCGAGAGGGACUAAAAAGAAUCUCAAAGGUCGACAGCAUCUGUUGGACAAGACCGGUUUAUGCCGUCUCGAAGCCGGCUCAGACGGAAUCAGUCGGACGAAUCCUGUGGCGUCUGGCCUGUAUCAAUAUUCACGUUCACCUUAACUUUCCCACUCACGUGCACAUUCAUAGCCACAUUCGCAUUCUCAUCCGCACCCACAUUUCUCUUCGGCCUCUGCGAUUUUUAUGUUCUUGCUGUUGCUGUUACUGA